AUGAGUUCUCUCUUAAAAUUAGUACAGAAAGGAGAUUUAAAUUCACUACGUACCUACUUUGCCACUCUUUCACUCGAAGACUCGCGUAAAUUAAUAAAUUCACCUGACAUUCAUAAUGAUACUUUAAUCCAUUUUGCUGCACGUUUUCAUAAACUUGAUGUAUUAUUUUUUCUUGUGCAAGAUAUGGGUGGCAAUGCCAUGGCUGUGAAUGAACAUGGACGCCAACCGUUACAUGAGGCGAUUGACAGUUUAGAAUGUGUAAAAUAUUUAUGUGAACAAAAUGUAGAUGUCAACUGUAUGAAACGUGGUGAUUGGACACCUGUAAUGAUCGCAGCAAUGAAAGGUAGACUUGAUAUUAUAAAAGUUCUUGUCGAUCAUGGUGCAAAUGUAAACUUUCAGAAUAAAGACGGUUGGAAUAGCCUUCAUUUUGCUGCAAAAGAAGGUCAUCUUGAUAUUGUAAUAUUUUUACACUCAAUUUCUCCUUCUCAAUGUUUAAUACCAAGUAAAUCUGGUCGUUUACCAAUUCAUACUGCUGCAUUAUGUAACCAUCCCAACAUAGUUUUUUAUUUACUCUCUUCAAUCUCAUCACAAAAAAAUCUGCACUAUUUAUUAUCAUCUGUGGAUAACAGUGGAACUUCUUUAUUACAAAACGCUGUAGUCUCUGGCAAUGUUCAGAUGGUUAAAAAAUUAAUUCAAGAAUAUUGCUGCUCCAUAACACAUAAAGACAAAUUAGGAAGACAAGCAAUACAUAAUGCUUCAAUGAUUGGUGAUCUAGAUAUGAUUAAAGUAUUAGUUGAUGCUGGAUGUAAUGUGAACGAAAAAGAUGAAUGGGAUGGUUGGACUCCUUUGCAUCAUGCUUGUAAAGAAGGACAUGUAAAUGUCGUAAAGUAUUUUGUGAAUGAAUGUAAUGUGGAUGUGGACCUCAAAGAUAAACAUUCGAGAUGUGCUUUGGAGAUUG